AUGGCCAAAAAGAAACCACCCAAGAAGCACGCACUAGGCCACAAACCCUCUGGUACUGGCUCUCGGUCCUCAUCCCCUGCUUCAUCGCAGAAAUCUUCGCCUGUGUCUAAAACAGCCGAAAUUGAAUCUCCUCCCUUUGGAAUCCAAAGUGAUGAGGAAAAUCGCCACUCUUUGCCCGAGGAAGCUCAAGCAAAGGAUGCCCAGCGGAUUAGCGCCACAGAUGUGGAAACCCCCAAAUCUGUAAACCUAGCUACAGUACCCAUCUCUGUACCUGGGUCAGAACCGGCUGAAACUACGAUAGUCCCACCUACUGCUCCGACUGUAGCUGCGACAGAGAAAGCCUCACCUGCGGUCUCAACUGUAGCUGCGACAGUGAACGCUCCUUCUACUGUUCAAGCGGUAGCUAGAGCAGAGAUAGUACCACCUGCAGUCAUUACUGUAGCUGCGACUGAAGAUGUUUCUUUGGCAGGACUUCCUGAGCCUGAGAAGACAGCUGGCCGUAAAGCGGCAGAUAUCUGGAAGAGCUUUGUCAAAGAAAGCACGAUAACACUACUCCCUAAGGAAAAACCGUUUACUCUAGAUUCAGGAGAGCUGUGUGUUACGAUCCCUAAUGCUGUUGUUGAGAAGAACAAAAAAGCGUGGGAAUGCUUCAUCAUUGGACAAUUCUACGAGAAGGUCCCUCCUCGUGGAGCAGUUCACGCAAUUGUCAAUGGAAUAUGGAGUCGCCAAAGACGGGAUAUCUCGGUUACCAAAAUGGACGGGAAUGCUUUCCUCAUAAGGGUCCCUUGUCCUAAUGCACGAAGACAUAUACUGAGCCAGCCGUUGUGGCAGAUUGAUGGUCAGACAAUGUUCGUCGCAAAAUGGUCGCCGGGAGUACAGCAAAACAAACCGGAGUUAGAAAUGGUUCCUGUCUGGCUGGACUUCACGGGUGUCCCAUUGCAAUUCUUCAACCGAGACGCCCUGAAAGAGAUAGCGGGCCUGGUAGGACACCCAGUCCGUCUUCACCCUUCAACGGAAAACUUGACAAACAUUGAGGUAGCAAAAGUCUACACUAUUAUUGAUCCGAGAAAGCCUCUCCCGGAGUUUGUUAACGCAAGCUUUGAAAGCGGCGUUACCCACCGCAUCUCAGUCUCAUGCCCAUGGUUUCCUUCUGUAUGCUCGUUCUGCAAAAAAGUUGGGCACACUAUCUCACGAUGCAAAUCUGCUACGCCAACUUGCACCCUGUGUAACUCUGUUAAGCAUCCUACUAUUUCAUGUCCGCGAUAUAAAAAUGAAGCAGCAAAGAGUACCCACUCAAACACGAGUGGCCACUCAAAACCUAAGAAUUCCAAGAAAAUCAAGCAGGUCUACAAACCUGUAGCGAAUCAGAUUGAAGGUCAGGGUUCUAAAGGAUUGAAUGUUACCGCAGGAAUUCAGGAAACCGGCAAGUCUGUCGCAAGGUCUCCUGAACAGAGACCGGAAGAGCUGACCAGGAAUCUCGAAAUGACAAGAGCCUCUACCUCCAGUGCAGCGGGAUUACCUCCAAACCCAUUUCAUGUUUCCAGCCAGGAAUUAGAAGAGGGCGAGUUUUGUAUUGAUCUGAGUCUUUAUGGGGGAAUCUCCCCAACUAGAUCGAAUCUUUCAGGAGAAAACUCUACCUCUGAAUCUUCGGAGUACUCAGAAGAUGAGGAUAAUCCAAGUGAAGAUCAUGACAAGUUCAUUGAAGUGAUCUCUAAAAGACACAAGAAGCUGCAGAAGGUCAGGAAAUGGUUAAAGAAAAAUAAACCUAUAUUCGGAGGUCUCAUUGAGACACAUGUACAGCCGGCAAAUGCAGCGACUAUAGUAUCUCGUUCUUUGCCGGGUUGGUUUUGUGACAACAACUAUGAUUUCUCAGAGCUGGGGCGUAUUUGGAUAAUCUGGCACAGUUCGGUCUCUGUUAGGAUACUCUCGAAAUCUCUUCAGCUAGUAAAUUGUCUGGUCAAGCUUCCUACUUCAGUCCAAGAAAUAAUGGUCUCUAUAGUCUACGGUUCAAAUGAUCAAUGUGAGAGAAGGCUUCUAUGGUCGGAACUGGAAGCUAUUUCAUGUGAUCCUCAAUGCAGUGGUGUUCCAUGGUUGGUGAUGGGUGAUUUUAACGAAAUAAUCUCACCUUCAGAGCAUUCCCACUUUGAUCAAUUCUCUUCCAAGCGGGGGAUGCGCGACUUCAGUGAAUGUCUUGACCGAAGCUCAUUAUCUGAUCUCCCUUUCUGCGGCAACACUUUCACUUGGACAAACAAGCAUGUAUCAAAGAAGCUAGAUAGAAUUUUGGUAAAUGAUACAUGGUUGAUCAAAUUUCCAGAAUCUAUUGGUGUGUUUGGUGAACUCGGAAUCUCAGAUCACAGUCCAUGCUGUGUUUUCUUAGAUCAGCUGAGACCUAAACAGAAGAGGCCCUUCAAGUUUUUCGCUCAUCUAACUCAGCAUCCAGAUUUCCAAGUCUUGAUUAAAGCUUGCUGGGACUCUCUCUCUUUCCAUGGCUCGCGACAACUGUGUAUCUCAAAGAAACUGAAGGCACUCAAACCAGUUAUUCGAAACUUCAGCAAAGACAACUUCUCCAAUCUGGAAAAGCGGGUUUCUGAAGCUUUUGAGCAUCUAAUCCAAUGUCAGCAAGUCACCUUAUCUGACCCUUCCCCUCUAAAUGCAGAGGCAGAGAGAGAUGCGCAAUCUAAAUGGUCUACUCUGGCAAUAGCGGAGGACUCUUUCCUCAAGCAAAGAUCACGGGUUCAGUGGACUUCUCUAGGCGAUGCUAACACUGCGUUUUACCACAACACGAUCAAAUCAAGAAGAGAUACCAAUCAAAUUUCUUUCUUCUUAGACUCCAACGAUGCGGUAAUAGACUCCCUCCCUGACAUCAAAAAUCACGCUGUGCAAUAUUUCACCGAUAUGCUAGGAGGACAAGUUACCCUGACUUCUUCUACGCCGGAAGCCAUCGCUGACUUGGUCUCAAUAAAAUGCGACCUAACUGCCAUUGCUUUAUUGGAUGCCCCUUUCACCGCCACAGAAAUCAAACAAGCUUUCUUUGAUCUACCGAGGAAUAAGGCGCCAGGACCAGAUGGAUACCCGGGUGAAUUCUUCUCCUCUCAGUGGGAGACUGUGGGUAAAGAUUUGAUUGAGGGAGUUAGUGAAUUCUUUCGUUCAGGGAAGCUAUUACAACAGUGGAAUUCAACGAUCCUUACCCUGGUCCCAAAGAUAACAAACGCCUCAAGGAUCUCAGAAUUUAGACCUAUUGCUUGUUGCAAUUCUGUAUACAAGGUGGUCUCCAAGCUUUUAGCAAACCGUUUAAAGCAAGUCCUGCCAACGCUCAUCUCCAAUGCCCAAUCUGCUUUCAUUCCUGGCCGUUUGCUUGUUGAAAAUGUUUUACUAGCUACUGAACUGGUUCAGGGGUACAACUGGAAGGCAAUCUCUAAACGAUGUAUGCUGAAAGUAGAUUUGAGGAAAGCCUUUGACACAUUGAACUGGAGCUUCAUUCUCAACACACUAGAAGCGAUGGAUUUCCCCUUGACUUUUCGGAACCUCAUAAAGCAAUGCAUAACAACGACCAGAUUCUCUGUGGCAAUAAACGGGGAGCUUUGUGGUUACUUUAAGGGAACUAAGGGUCUGCGACAGGGUGAUCCCUUGUCUCCGUAUCUAUUUGUUUUGGCUCUGGAGGUUUUUUCGCAGAUGCUGAGGGUCAAGUAUAGUGAUGGUUCUAUUGGCUUUCACCCUAAAGCCACUGAUCCCAAUAUCACUCAUCUCGCUUUUGCGGAUGAUAUCAUGGUUUUCUUCGAUGGAGAGAAACAGUCUCUGGAUCACAUUGCUCAGACAUUUGAAGCAUUCUCUAGGUGGUCAGGGCUCACUAUGAAUAGAACCAAGACAGAAUUAUAUGCAGCAGGUCUGACCCAGCCUGAAACCGACGACUUGGCAAGUCUAGGCUUCACUCUCGGCUCACUACCUAUUCGCUAUCUAGGACUCCCUCUAAUGCACCGGAAGCUACGGAUCUCAGAUUAUAGACCGUUAAUUGACAAAUUAAAGAGAAGCUUCACUGCAUGGUCUGUCAAAACUCUAUCUUUUGCAGGUAGGAAACAGCUGAUAUCAUCAGUGAUAUACGGUUCUAUAAACUUCUGGACAUCGGCCUUCAUCUUACCUAAGGGGUGUCUCAAGCAAAUAGAAUCUCUCUGUUCGAGUUUUCUUUGGAGCGGCAAAAUAUCUGGUCAUGUGAACACCAAGGUCUCCUGGAAAACGGUUUGCCUCCCUAAACAGGAGGGUGGUCUUGGACUAAGGGAUUUCGGUCUUUGGAACAAGACGCUGUGCCUAAAGCUUAUCUGGAGAUUGUUUGAUGAUACACAGUCGCUGUGGGCUGACUGGAUGAAGGCUUACAGAAUUGGCGGUAGCCAGAUUUGGGAGAUCGAUGAGAAUAUUGCCACCUCUUGGACAUGGCGCUCCCUUUUACAUCUUCGUCCUCUUGCUGAGAGAUUUAUUCGUGCUGAUAUCGGUAAUGGGGAGAAAAUUAGCUUCUGGUGGGAUUCUUGGACCCCAAUGGGACCAUUAAUUAAAUAUUUUGGGCCAAGGGGUCCUACAGAACUAGCGAUCGCAUCAAAUGCCUCUGUGGCAACUGCUUGCAAUCAGCAUGGAUGGAUGCUUAGGGGAGCUCGCUCUCCGGCUGCGGAAAACCUACACAUUUAUCUCACAACAAUCCCCCUCCCUUCAAGCUCAAAUCAACCAGAUUCAUACGUGUGGGAGGCAAAUGGAAUCAGUCUCCAUAGAUUCUCUGCAAAAGCCACCUGGGAGGACUUAAGACCGAGAGAUACGGUCAAACCGUGGACAUCUAGUGUCUGGUUCUCAGGCUCUGUACCUAAGCAUGCUUUUACUCUAUGGGUGGCCCACCAGGAUCGCUUGCCAACGCGACAGAGGGAUCAUCUAUUCUUGCGAUGUGAAUGGAGUGAGCAAUUAUGGCAUAUGGUCCUACACAGAUUGGGAGCAAGACCGAUAGCUUUUCACACCUGGACGGCCUUUGCUGAAUGGCUAAACAUCAGAGAUUCAGAGACAUCUAGACUCCUGAACAGGCUAGCCUCACAAGCUGCAGUUUAUAGCAUAUGGCAGGAAAGGAACAAGCGCCUUCAUGACUCGAUCUCUACCUCCCCUGCACAAGUUUUCAAGAUUAUUGAUCGUCGCGUACGGGAUGUCAUUCUGGGACAGCGGCAAAGAAAAAGCUUCCAUCCUCUGAUGCAGAGAUGGCUAGCUCACCUGUGA